GUAUUAAUGCCCAUGAUUUUGGAAUUAGAUGUUGGACGAGCAGGUGUCCACAUACUUUUGACCGUGUAGCGUAUUUCUGCCAGCUCUGAGAACAAUGAGGUCAACUUAUGUAUUUCUCCUCUGUCUGUCAGACAACAAUGAGUUGGAGGUGGAGGUGAGGAGGCUGGACUACGGAGACACUUCCUGUCUGUCUCUAUGGAACAUCAAGGAACUCAGUGCUGAGAUGACAUCACUUCCUCUACAGGCCAUACAGGUCUCCCUGGCUAAUGUGCGCCCAGUGGAUGGGUGUGGCUGGACCCAGCAGUCAGUGUCUUGGUUCAGAGACAUGGUGGACAACAGGACGCUGUAUGCACGGCUCUACCCUCAGGGAGAUGGAGACAACACCACGGUGGAACUCUUCAUAGAGAAGGGCAAACUGGGGGCAAUGAGGAGAGGAGCCUCUCUGUCUCUGAGACUGGCUCAGAAUGGACAUGCUGAACAUGACAAGCUGAGGAACCUGGGAAUCAAGAGAGGUAGGUGCCAUCUACAGUGUUGCCUGGUGAUCAUUCUGAGUUUGCCCACUAGAGGGCACCAGCCUAUAUACAAUAGUCUUGAAGCCCAACUCUCAUUUAUCCCCAGCAUCGAUGCCGUGUCCCUCCGCGGGCUGCUGGAGGGGGAAGACCCGGGCUGUCUGGUCCUGGACUGCCGCUCAUUCUUCUCCUUCAACUCCUCUCACAUCUCCGGGUCCACCAACGUCCGCUUCAGUACUGUAGUCCGCCGGAGGGCCCGAGGGGGGCUGGGGGUGGGACACAUCGUGCCCAACGAGGACACGCGGAACCGGCUUCUCUCAGGGGAGUAUCGGUCGGUGGUGUUUCUGGAUGAUCGGAGUUUGGACUUCGGCCAAGUGAAGAAUGACGGGACUCUAAUGCUCGCCGUGACAGCUCUGUGCCGAGACCCGUGUGGAGCCAGUGUCUUCUUUCUCAAAGGUGGGUUUGACACGUUCUCCUCGGAGUAUCCAGAGAUUUGCACCAAGCCGUCAGCUCCACAGGGACUGAGUCUGCCCCUCAGCGCCCGUCCAGACAGCGCCGACCCCGGCUGCAGUCCAUGCAGUACAGCUCUCUAUGACCAGGGUGGUCCAGUGGAGAUCCUUCCCUUCCUCUACCUGGGCAGUGCCUACCAUGCCUCCAGAAAGGACAUGUUAGACAUGCUGGGUGUCACUGCUCUUAUCAACGUAUCAGCUAACUGCCCCAACCACUUUGAAGAGUCCUUCCAGUACAAGAGUAUCCCUGUAGAGGACAACCACAAGGCUGACAUCUCCUCCUGGUUCAACGAGGCCAUAGAGUUUAUCGACUCCAUCCGUAAUAAAGGCGGCCGUGUGUUUGUCCACUGCCAAGCCGGCAUCUCCCGCUCCGCCACCAUCUGUCUGGCCUACUUGAUGAGGACCAACCGCGUGAAGCUGGACGAGGCCUUCGAGUUCGUCAAGCAGCGGCGCAGCAUCAUCAGUCCUAACUUCAGCUUCAUGGGCCAACUGCUGCGGUUUGAGUCCCAGGUCCUGGCUACGUCGUCCUGCUCGUCGGAGGCCGGGAGUCCUGCCCUGGGGAAGAGCAGUACGGUCUUUAACUUCCCAGUGUCUAUCCCCAUCCACGGCUCUGCUGGACAUGGACAGCUCUCCUUCCUCCACAGCCCCAUCACCACCUCACCCAGCUGCUAAGGUGGAGAGUAGGAUCAUAUGGAGGGUUGUCUGUCUUAGCCUGGACUUGAACUGUACUGUCACAAUACUGGUAGUGCCAGGGUAGUGCCAGGGUAGUGCCAG